UUCAGACGAGUCGCCUUGUUGUCGCCUCGGAAAUUUUCCUAGCUGCUGCUGCUGCUACCGCCGCUGCCACCCCUGGGCUCAUUUGCCCCGACCCCUUCCCGCCGCCCCGCCCCCAACCCCACACAAGAUGUCAGAGGAUCUAGCAAAACAGCUGGCAAGCUACAAAGCUCAACUCCAGCAAGUCGAAGCUGCACUGUCUGGAAAUGGAGAAAAUGAAGAUUUGCUAAAAUUAAAGAAAGAUUUACAAUGGCUCUCUGCAUCCCCGAAACGCCUUCCUUCAGUAAGCAGAGUGCUUGAGUGCAUCCCCUUUGACCUGCUGAUAUGUAGAUCACAACAUCUGAUGCUUCCUGGAAUUGCCGAUUACUGUAACUGCUGCCCAUCUGUCAAUGAAGGAGCAGUUUCAGAACUCAGACUUGGGGGAGGAAAAGUAAUUAAUGUUAUAGAACUAACCAAAGACCUUCUGUCAACUCAACCUUCAGAAACUCUUGCAAGUUCAGACUGUUUUGCUUCUAGUCAGCCCACUCAUUCAUGGAAAGUAGGGGACAAGUGUAUGGCAAUCUGGAGUGAAGAUGGACAGUGUUAUGAAGCGGAGAUUGAGGAGAUAGAUGAAGAAAACGGCACCGCUGCAAUCACCUUUGCUGGCUAUGGCAAUGCUGAAGUGACUCCACUGUUGAACCUCAAGCCUGUAGAAGAAGGAAGGAAGGCAAAGGAGGACAGUGGAAGCAAACCCAUGUCUAAAAAAGAAAUGAUUGCCCAGCAGCGUGAAUAUAAAAAGAAGAAAGCUUUGAAAAAAGCACAGAGAAUAAAAGAACUUGAGCAGGAGAGAGAGGACCAGAAAGUGAAAUGGCAACAGUUCAACAACAGGGCCUAUUCUAAAAACAAAAAAGGCCAGGUAAAGAGGAGUAUUUUUGCUUCACCUGAGAGUGUAACUGGCAAAGUUGGAGUAGGAACUUGUGGAAUUGCUGAUAAACCUAUGACACAGUAUCAAGAUACCUCUAAAUAUAAUGUCAGGCAUUUGAUGCCUCAAUAAUCAGAAAAACUGUUGGAUUUCAUCUCUGCAGGGCUUUACAUUUACCUUUUUAUCCUUAUAUUUUUCUAAAGGUAAAUUAUUUGUUAGAUGAGUAAGGAAGAUACCAUUGUCGUCUUUGUUUGACUUCAAUAGAAUGAAACUUGAAGAAAUUGCAUUUGAUAACUGCUAUUCAUUUAACUUGCUUCAUUACUACUACCACAGUUUCCUCACAGUUUGUUGGGUAAAUUUAGCAACUUUUCUAGAUAGAUGCUGCUUAAAUAAAGCACUUAGAUGAAUUAUUGAUCUUCCUAAUAUCAGGCCCCAUAUUUUUUGUAAAGUCCUAACUUGGAACUUUCAGAACCUUUGAACUUACGACGUAUUCUAGCAAUUCACUGGAACAUCAAGGCAAAACACCAAACUUCUACAGAGAUCUUUUUGUUUUCCUUCAACUAUAAUUUAGCUAUUGGCCAAUUAAGCCUAAAAUAGAUUAAUUUGUAAAUGGCAAAGUCUGUUUUGAGGUUUUUCCUUCCAUAACUUGUUUCCUAAGUCUAUUAGGUCAUCUCGAAGUGUAUCCAGCUCUUUUAUUCUUUUCAUCGAGUUUUAGUUUUAUGUAAGAAACCAUGUAGGACCAGCUACGUUUUCUAAUUUUUUUUUGUGUACGUUUGCUUUUUUCCUGUGUUGGUUUUUCACUUAUGGUAGUGCUACCAUUUUUUGGAUGUGAAAUGUUUAUAUGAGAAAAAAGCUAAUGUAUAGCCCUGUAUACAGUGUAGAUACUAUUUUUGUAAAAAAAAGAAAAAGGAAAAAAAACCAAGGCUAAAUUAAUGAACAAGAGUACUGAAUGUUUCAUUAUUAAAAAUUUACUGUAUUUCUUGUGCAUUAAUCUGACCAUAAUUUCCCUGUAUAUUAUGUUCAUGUAGCUGAGUUUGCCAUUUUUGUUAACUAGAUCAAGUUGUCAGCAUUUGCUGGUGUAGGUGAACAUCAGUUAUCCUGAGUUGAGUUUAAGCCAAAUAUAUGCAUAGAAAAAGGUCUUCCUGUUAAUGGAAGAUGGUGAUUUUUAGGAUGUGUUAAUUUCAGUUUUUGUAUGUUUAACUUUUAUUAAAUAAAGUGUUUUUAAAAUCUCCAGGGUGUGUUAUCAGAAAGGUAAAGUCUUUGAUAAUGAUUAAGUCUCAGUGUCCUUGCACAUCAUUUCCACAGAAGAGAAUGAGUAUGAUAAAGGUUUCAAUAAAUCCUUAUGUACUCCCCCCUCCCAUUAGACAUAAAUUGGAUUCUGAAGGGAAACUAGUUUUAUUUUAAGGAAUUAUGCUUUGUGUGGAGUUUUCUGUAAAUUUUUGAUAUAAAGGGAAAAUAAAACUUUUUAUUUCACGAAUUUAAAUUUUUUUUGUAAAUUGAAACUUUUAGGAGGAUAGUGGUGAGAGGUAGAAUAUUUCAUCUUGCCCUUCCACCUCCUGACCCAGGAAAUUAUUUUUCAUUCUUAAAUUUUUGGCCACCAGGGAGAGAACAUAGGAUAGAAUAAAUGGUGAAAAAUUUGUAAAUACAAGGUACAAAUUACAGUAGAAAAGGGGCCAUUUAGAUUAAUGCUCUACUGCUCUCCGACAGCACAUAUCUUGGUUGUGGUUCAUCC